UCCCUUCGGGCGCAUAGACUUACAAAUGCCUGGCGCUUGCGAGUUUUACCAGGAUGGCGAUACGCCCGCCUUUGCGUACUACCGUCGCGCGAGCAAUGGCUCCCGAGUCGAGGUCGGCUAUGAGGCCAGCCCGCAGGGGCUGUGCUACUUCCCAGACGCGACCUGUGAGGACUCCAACUUCAGCUGCUGCCAGAUGACGGAGGAGAUGCAUGGCGCAGCCAAACACGGGGAGAGCAUCAACCUCAGCGCCUGCAUUAUCGCUUUGGUCCUCCCCACCUUCAUCUACAGCUGCGUGAUGCAGAUCAUACGAAGGAGACGAGCAGCUGCGGAGUCCGAGGAAGAGGAGGAGUCCGAAGAGGAGAAGGAGGAGACGGAGGAGGACGUGGUAGAGGUGACGGCUCGCAUCCUGUCUGGGCGCGCCGUGGACGAAGCGGAGGAGGAACCGGAGCAGCCGGAGACACCUGGGUGGCGCAGGAGGCUGAAAAUUAUGCUGGUGUGCGUCGCCUUUGGCCUGAGCAUGUGGGCUGAGAUCUACUACCAGACUCUGGCCGCCAACGUGACCCAGCGCUACCUCUCCGUGCCCGCCAGGAACUCCAUGCUGGCGGGGGAUGCGUUUCUGACCCCGCUGCGCGAGAUCUUCCAGUUUCUGGAGGACGUGGUGACGGUGAAGAUCAUGGCGGCCAUUGGCGCCCAGACCACCCGUGCGGUGCGACCCAUCCUCUUUAUGGGCACCGCCGGAGGAUUCGUCUGCGGCGUAGUGGCGGCCCUGCUGGCUACGGGGCUCUGCUUCUGGCCUCCGGCCCUGAGGUGGCUGCUGGCGCCCUACGCCGCGCACGACGACUCCUUGGGCUGCGAGCUGGUGCCGAAGGGAGAUGAGGCUGCACAGCUGGCCCGGACCUACCUGCUGCUGCAAGCCUGGUGUUGGCCGGCCAGCUUCGUGGGCAUGGCGGUGCGGGGCUUUCUGCUGGGCUCUCUGGAGCUCACCAGCUUCGUGGUCAUGGGCCUGGCGCAGGCGGUGAUUCAGAUCGUGCUGCUCAAGGCGCUCUUCGUACCGAACCCUUCGCUCACCAACCUGGGCUGGAUCUCCUUUGUGGGCUCCUACACAUCAGUGAUUUUCACGUUGGGCAUCUUUGUCUUCAGAUCCGAGCUGCGCGCUCGGUACGACCUGACGUGCCGGCGACGGAAGGCCUCUGACGAGGACGAUGACGACGGCGCGCAGGUUUCCUGGAAAGCUGCGUCGCAAGAGGGCUUGGCGGCCAUGCUGCUGGACGUGUCGGCGCAGAUGUCCAUCACCGGCGGGGUGUACACGGCCGGCGCCAUGCUGGGCAUGGGAGCCAUGUACCAAAUCAGCGCCUUACAGGCAGCCUUUAUGCAGUACGGACUGCAGUGGGUCUACGCGCUCACCUACUCCUUGCGCUUGCAGGGGACGCAGAUGGUGGCUGCGGGUCAGUACCAUCAGUUCAACGCCCUCUUCCGCUUCGUGGUGAUCUAUGGGCUGAUCCUGGUGGUAACGGCCGCCGCCACCAUGGUGCCCUUCCGUGCUCCCUUGGCCUUCCUGCAGGCAGAGCAGGCCUGUGAGUACGCGUCGCACAAGUCCUGCGUCAACAUCUUCACCGAUGUCUUCGGAGGCGGCACCUCCCUGCAGGGCACGCUGCAGGGCUCCACGAUGCUCUUCUUCGUGCCGGUCCUGGCUGCGAGAUGUUUUUACCAGCUCUUCAAGGCGGGCUUGUAUGCCUGCCUGGACUGGAAUUUCAUGGCGAGGAUUGGGGUGGUGAGUUUCGCCGCGGUCUUCGUGCCGGCCAUCGUGGUGUCCGUGUUCGUUCGCACGGUGGCGUCCAUCGUGGUGGCGAUGUAUCUGCCGCUGCUGGCGAUGGCUGUGGCCUUCAUCUUCCGCACGAGGCGGAACAUCAAGUACAUGCUGAAUGACCAGCCCGGUCCGUGGCAGCAGUGAUGGUCAGCCUCGAGGUCAUCGCAGAGCUGCGCCUCACCAUGCGGUCCAAAGACGUUAAAGACGUUCCAAGUGAGCCACAAUCAAAACCCGGGUAGACAAGGGU